AUGGCCAUCGUGUGGACCUUUCAGGGGGCGCUUGCGGCCGCCGAAGGUGGCGAGCCACAUGCGCCUGUAGCAUGCACACUCGCGCAUGCGAGUGCAGAGAUCCGCCGUACAGCGGCGGCAGCAGCCAAGCACGUCCGCGUCACUCCGAUGGACCUGCGUGUGCUGCUCUACGAUAAGAGCUCGAUGCGUGCGAUCCACAUUCCCGCCGAGCACGACGGCGACGCGGUGGGCCAGGUCUGGCACACGCGCGACCCAGCGUACAUUGCAGCGUCGAUCCCGUCGUGGUCAGAGCGGGGACGCGGCGUGCCCGUGUCGCUCGUGCAGUCGGACGAUGCACAGCGCGUCGUCUGGUGCCGCAACCACAGCCUGUCCGUGCGCGAUGCCGACGCGGUACGCACGCUGCUCAUGCAGCUCCCGACCCUUUUGGCGGAUGCGCCGCCGCGGGGCAAGUCGGGGACCGCACACGUCUAUUACAAGCGCCCUGCCGGCCAGGCACACCGAGAUACCAACGUGAAUGCGGUGCGUGCGAUCGUCGGCGCGCUGCGGAAUGAGCAGGCCCUCGAAAUCGCAUGCUUCUCAUGGGAUCACUCGCAUCCAGGCGGAUCGUUUGCAAAGUGGCCGACGCCAGGAGAAGCGGCGCCCCUGCUCGACGAUAGGGUGUGGUCGGCGUGCCUCGCCGUGUGCGAUCCGGCAUGGGCCGCCGCACAGUCGCGCGAGAGCGAAAUGGUGCAGGAUACACUGGCAGCAACUGCUGCAGCGGCCGUCGUUGCGGCCGCCAAGUCGGUGGCGGCGGCGAACCACGAGGCAGAGCACGACACCGAAAAAGACCAGGAAAAGGCCGAGGCUACACCAAAGGAGAGCAAGGCCGCCGACAUCACGUCCAAGGCUCAGGUGGACAAGCCUGCCGCGUCCACGCCUGCGCACGAGACGGAAAAGACUGCUACGACCCCUGCCAAGAGGGAAACGGCCCAAGAAGCGACGCCAGACCCAGCAGAGGAUGACGAUGCACCCACCAAGACUACAUUGGACGCUGCCGAUACCGACGCAUCCUCGAAAGCCGUGCAUGAUCCUGCCGAGGUCGACGACGGCUCUAUGCCCGACCCCUCGGAAAUCGACAAGAUUCAGAGCGCAUCGCUCAAUACAGACGAGCUACUUGACGAGCUCCAGCGUGGCUUUUCGCGCCUGGUCAGCGAUGCAGCUGAUCGCCCGGCAUGGUGCAACAUCUGCCAAAAGACGCUGUACAAGGACCGCUACAAGUGCAUCUCAUGCCCGAACUGGGACGCAUGUCAAGCGUGUGUCGCCCAGGCUGCGACCGUGCACCCCGGCCACAAGCUGCUGCUUCUUGCCGAUGCCGACUCUGUCCCUAAGGACGCAUACCCCACCCAGUGGGUCGCGCACGUCGGCGUCGACUGUGACGUGUGCCAGAAAGAGAUUGUCGGGCCACGGUACAAGUGCACGCUGUGCGAAGACUACGACCUGUGCACGUCGUGCGAAGCCAGUCCUCUGCAAGCCCACCACCACCAAGACGGAAAAGAGCAUACGUUUGUCAAGCUCGAUACGCCCGAAGACGCCGACGCGUGGGAGCGUCACGCGGCCAAGCACGGCGCCGACGUGCAGCCGAUCCUCGAUGCCUUGUCGCAUGCACAAGCGCUCGUGCCCCACGCCGAGGCGCGCGAGAGGCCCACUUCAGGCGGUGACGCUGCGCACGCGACGCUCGGCGUGCUCGGUGGCCUGCUUGGCAUCGGCCAGGCCGUGCUCGACAACCCUGUGCUUCAAGACCUGGUGCCCGGCCUGCGCAUAGCGUCGCUCUUUGCGUCUGCGUUGCAAGCCAGCGAAAAUGGCACGCCAUUUGUGGACAUGCAAAAACUGGCGGAUGCCAUCUUUCACGUCCUGCACCACGCGCAGCCCGGCCCGAGUCAGGACGAGCACGAGACCGCGCCAUGCCCCGACCCCGUGGAGCCGGCAGAGAGCGAAGGCGCGGCGCCGUACUAUGUCCCGACCGUGCGCACCCCUCAUAUCGAGCAAGCUGACCUGAGUGACGAUGACUGGGAGCAUGCCUCGCGCGAUUUGCACGAUAGCCAAGCGCUGCAGGACGCCAUGGAAGAGGCGCUCCGCAGCGCACGUCCGUAG